UAAAUAGGUAUUACUUUGCUCUCACGACAAUUGUUACCCACCUGAACAAGACUGUAUCAUAUGUGAGGGGGAAAGGAGUUUAUAAUACUCUAUAACCCAAAGGGUGUUCGGUGCAGUUUAGCUAUUACUUCAUUCUUUGACAUGAACACUACCUGAAGUUGUAAAGCAGAACGCUUGGUGGCGCUGCAGGCUAAGAGAGUGAAAAACUGUCUCUGCAGAUUCCUAGGCUCCGCAAAAGCUGAUCCGUUUCUGGCAGCUCACAAAGGAAACGUUUGCAUUGUUGGGUAUGGAAGGUUUCGGAGAGGUAGCUAUCUCCCUAUUAGUCACUGUUAAGAAGAGCUAACUCAAGACUGCUGAACUAAGACAGCAGAGUUGGCUGCAGAGCAAUUAUUUUGUGAUUAAAUACUGCAUCUUUGGGACCCAGAGGAACGAUGGAGACGCUGCUACCCAAAGCGACGCAGAAAAGGCAAGUGACCGCCAUUCUUCUUCUAUUUCUGUUGUGGGAGGCGGGCGGUGCGACCAUUAAGUAUUCCGUUCUAGAAGAAAGGGACAGCGGCUCAGUUGUGGCCAACCUAGCAGAAGAUCUGGGGUUGGGCUUAGGGGAGCUGGCCGCGCGGGGCGCCCGGAUUCUUUCCAAAGGGAAUAAACAGCAUUUGCAGCUCGAGCAGAAGACCGGGAAUUUGCUCCUAAAAGAAAAACUGGACCGGGAAGAGCUGUGCGGUGACACAGAUCCAUGUAUACUGCCUUUCCAGCUGUUAUUGAAAAACCCGGUGCAGUUUAUUCAGGGCGAAUUACAGCUCCAAGACGUAAAUGAUAACGCCCCAGACUUUUUGGAAAAUGAAAUCCUCCUGAAAAUCUCGGAAAGCAGCCAACCAGGGACAGCAUUUCCUUUGAAAAUAGCUCAAGAUUUAGAUGUGGGCAGUAACACAGUUCAGAACUACACAAUUAGCACCAACUUCCAUUUUCACCUUUUCACUCGAAAUCACAGCAAUGGUAGGAAAUACCCAGAGCUGGUGCUGGACAAAGAGCUGGACCAUGAGGAGCAGCCAGAGCUCAGGCUAACUCUCACGGCGCUGGAUGGUGGAUCGCCACCCAAGUCUGGGACGUCCCAGGUUCUCAUCAUGGUCCUGGACAUAAAUGACAACAUCCCUGAAUUUGUUCAGCAGUUUUACAAGGUGCAGGUCCCAGAGAACAGACCCAUAGGCUCCCUCGUCAUCACAGUCUCUGCUAGGGAUUUGGAUGCUGGGACUUACGGAGAGCUCUCCUACUCAUUUUUCCAAUCCUCAAAUCAGGUCAUUCAGGCCUUCGAAGUCAACACAGUCACAGGGGAUAUUCGAUUAAAAAAAAUGUUGGAUUUUGAGGAAAUUCAAUCUUACGAUAUGGAAAUUGAGGCCUCAGAUGGCGGGGGUCUUACAGGAAAAUGCACCGUAGUCAUAGAAGUGACGGAUGUAAAUGACAAUGCUCCUGAAUUGACUAUGUCGUUACUCAUCAGUGAUAUCCCAGAAAACACCCCCGACACUGUCGUCGCUGUAUUCGGAAUUUCAGACCCAGACGCUGGAGACAAUGGCAAAAUGCUGUGUUCCAUUCAAGACCAUCUCCCCUUCCUUCUGAAACGUACUGUAGAAAAUUUCUACACCCUGAUAACAGAAGGAGCGCUGGACCGAGAGGAAAGAGCCGAGUACAACAUCACCAUCACCGUCUCCGACCUGGGGACCCCCCGGCGGCACACCCAGCACAACCUGACCGUGCGCGUGGCCGACGUCAACGACAACGCGCCCGCCUUCAGCCAGCCCGCCUACACCCUGCGCGUCCGCGAGAACAACAGCCCCGCCCUGCACAUCGGCACCGUCCGCGCCACCGACGCCGACGCGGGCGCCAACGCCCAGCUCACCUACUCGCUGCUGCCGCCCUCCGACCCGCACCUGCCCCUCGCCUCGCUCGUGGCCAUCAACCCCGACACCGGCCAGCUCUUCGCCCUGCGCGCCCUCGACUACGAGGCCCUGCGCGCCUUCGACUUCCAGGUGCGCGCCGCCGACCGCGGCGCGCCCGCGCUCAGCAGCCAGGCGCGGGUGCGCGUGCUCGUGGCCGACGCCAACGACCACGCGCCCGUCGUGCUCUACCCGCCGCAGAACGCCUCGGCGCCCUGCCCCGAGCUGCUGCCCCGGGCGGCCGAGCCGGGCUACCUGCUGGCCAAGGUGGUGGCGGUGGACGGCGACGCGGGCCAGAACGCCUGGCUGUCCUACCGCCUGCUGCAGGCCACCGAGCCCGGGCUCUUCGGCGUGGGCGCGCACAGCGGCGAGGUGCGCACGGCCCGCCCGCUGAGCGAGCGCGACGCGCCCCGGCAGCGGCUGCUGCUGCUGGUGCGGGACCACGGCGAGCCGCCGCUCUCGGCCAGCGUCGCGCUGCACGUGCUGCUGGUGGACGGCUUCUCGCAGCCCUACCUGCCGCCGCCCGAGGCCCCCGGCCGCGCGCCGGGCGCCGGCGCGGACGAGCCGCUCACCGUCUCGCUGGUGGGGGCGCUGGCGUGCGUGUCGGCGCUGCUGGUGGGGGCGCUGCUGGCCUUGGGGGCGGGGCGGCUGUGCCGGCGGGGCGGGGCGGCCUCGGCGGGGGGCGGCUCGGGGCCCGCGGAGGGCGGCGUCGCGGGCCAGCUGCUGGACGUCGGCGGCACGGGGACCCUGGCCCACGGCUACCGCUACGAGGUGUGUCUGGCGGGGGGCACUGGGACCAGCGAGUUCAAGUUUCUGAAGCCAGUUGUGCCCAGUUUUCAGAGCCAUUCUUCCGGGCCAGAAAUAGAAGAAACCCCCAACGUUAAGAAAGACUUUGGUUUCAGUAUGCAGUGACAAUAAUUGUUUUUCUUAUCCCAAAUAUUUUAAAUUGAUGGCAGCUCAAGGGGAUGGCUUUUCUGGCAGACUAUCAUGAAUCCUUUCAUUACAUUCAACUUGCUUGCAAGAUUUGUUUAAAGAAUGGUAUCUUACCUACUUUUUAUUACUAUAACAAGAUUAAUGAUCCUAAGUCUUGCCUCCCAAAACAGUGAUGAAGUCAGUAGCUGUACAAGCCCUUCUUCUGUCAUAGCUAAGAAAUGUAUUUGGGGGGGAAAGUGGGAAAUUAAUUCUCUACCAUCACCAUCAUUGUCUUUCCUUGAAAUUUUCUAAUUCGUUUUUAAAACAUUAACUGUAUAACAGUACUGCACUAGCACAAUGAGGCAUGCCUAAUUACAAAGGAGAGAGAACCUUA